AGGGUGAUGUCACCUGCGAGUUGGUAACCUACGAGCGGCUGUGAAGGAAACUGUUUAACCGGAUCCCAUUGUACCGGGAGCGCAGAACGGCCUUUCCAGCAUGCAGGGGCUGCUCAGGUAAGGGGGACGGGCCGUGUCGCCCGCCGCGCUCAUUCAUUAGGUGGCCGCGCGCUGCGGCGCGGGGAUGGGCAUGCGUGUUCUGGCGGCUUGCUGGCUGCGCGACGCGCCCUCCCUCCGCUUGCCCGGAGCUCAGCGGCCAGUAGAGUUUAGUCAUAUCAAGAAAUAGUGCAGAAUUCAGCCAUGGCCCCAAGGAAGAGAAGUGGACGGGGGAUUUCAUUUAUCUUUUGCUGUUUCCGAAACAACGACCACCCAGAAAUCACAUAUCGGCUUCGAAAUGAUAGCAACUUUGCCCUCCAGACCAUGGAGCCAGCGUUGCCCAUGCCACCUGUGGAGGAGCUGGAUGUCAUGUUCAGUGAACUUGUGGAUGAACUUGACCUCACAGACAAACACAGGGAAGCCAUGUUUGCACUUCCAGCUGAGAAAAAGUGGCAGAUAUACUGUAGCAAGAAAAAGGACCAGGAAGAAAACAAAGGAGCUACAAGUUGGCCUGAAUUCUACAUUGAUCAGCUCAAUUCCAUGGCUGCUAGAAAAUCUCUGCUGGCUUUAGAGAAGGAAGAAGAAGAAGAGAGAAGUAAAACCAUCGAAAGUUUAAAGACAGCCCUGAGGACAAAGCCAAUGAGGUUUGUAACUAGAUUCAUUGACUUGGAUGGCCUGUCAUGUAUUCUCAACUUUCUGAAGACAAUGGACUACGAGACCUCUGAGUCCCGUAUACAUACCUCCCUUAUUGGCUGCAUAAAGGCACUAAUGAACAACUCUCAAGGUCGGGCUCAUGUCCUGGCUCAUUCUGAGAGUAUUAAUGUAAUUGCUCAGAGUCUGAGCACAGAAAACAUUAAGACGAAGGUGGCCGUGCUGGAAAUCUUGGGCGCCGUGUGCCUGGUUCCCGGGGGCCACAAGAAGGUUCUGCAGGCAAUGUUGCACUACCAGAAGUAUGCCAGCGAGAGGACCCGCUUCCAGACAUUAAUUAAUGACUUGGAUAAGAGCACUGGGCGUUACCGGGAUGAAGUGAGUCUCAAGACUGCCAUUAUGUCCUUCAUCAACGCAGUCCUAAGCCAGGGAGCAGGAGUGGAGAGUUUAGACUUCAGACUUCAUCUUCGCUAUGAAUUUCUGAUGUUAGGAAUUCAGCCUGUUAUAGAUAAAUUAAGAGAACAUGAAAAUUCAACAUUAGACAGGCAUUUAGACUUUUUUGAAAUGCUCCGAAAUGAAGAUGAACUAGAAUUUGCCAAAAGAUUCGAACUGGUUCACAUAGACACAAAAAGUGCAACUCAGAUGUUUGAGCUGACCAGAAAGAGGCUGACUCACAGUGAAGCCUACCCUCACUUCAUGUCCAUCCUGCACCAUUGCCUCCAGAUGCCUUAUAAGAGAAGUGGUAACACUGUUCAGUAUUGGCUGCUGCUAGACAGAAUUAUACAGCAAAUAGUUAUCCAGAAUGACAAAGGACAGGACCCCGACUCCACGCCUUUGGAGAACUUUAAUAUUAAGAAUGUGGUACGAAUGUUGGUUAAUGAAAAUGAAGUUAAGUUGUGGAAAGAACAGGCAGAGAAAAUGAGAAAAGAACACAAUGAACUACAACAGAAGCUAGAAAAGAAAGAGAGAGAAUGUGAUGCCAAGACCCAAGAGAAAGAAGAAAUGAUGCAGACCUUAAAUAAAAUGAAAGAGAAACUUGAAAAGGAGACUACUGAGCACAAGCAAGUCAAGCAGCAGGUGGCAGAUCUUACAGCGCAGCUCCAUGAGCUCAGCAGGAGGACCAUCUGUGCUUCAGUCCCAGGAGGACCCUCACCUGGAGCCCCAGGGGGACCCUUUCCUUCCUCUGUGCCUGGGUCUCUCCUUCCUCCCCCACCACCCCUACUCCUCUCAGGGGGAGCACUUCCUCCUCCACCACCUCCCCUGCCUCCCGGGGGUCCCCCCCCUCCCCCAGGGCCUCCUCCCUUAGGGGGAAUCAUGCCACCUCCUGGUGCUCCAGUAAGUCUGGCACUCAAGAAGAAAAACAUUCCUCAGCCAACCAAUGCCCUGAAGUCCUUCAACUGGUCUAAGCUGCCUGAGAACAAACUGGAAGGAACAGUAUGGACUGAAAUCGAUGAUACCAAAGUCUUCAAAAUUCUAGACCUUGAAGACCUGGAAAGAACUUUUUCUGCCUACCAAAGACAGCAGGAUUUCUUUAUGAACAGUAACUCCAAGCAGAAAGAAGCAGAUGCCAUUGAUGACACACUGAGUUCCAAACAUAAAGUCAAAGAGCUGUCAGUGAUUGAUGGUCGGAGAGCUCAGAAUUGCAACAUCCUUCUGUCGAGGUUGAAAUUAUCCAAUGAUGAAAUCAAACGGGCAAUUCUAACAAUGGAUGAACAGGAAGAUCUGCCCAAGGACAUGUUGGAACAGCUUUUGAAAUUUGUUCCUGAGAAAAGUGAUAUUGACCUUCUAGAAGAACAUAAACAUGAGCUGGAUCGGAUGGCCAAGGCUGAUCGCUUCCUAUUUGAGAUGAGCAGAAUUAAUCAUUAUCAGCAAAGACUGCAGUCACUGUACUUCAAAAAGAAGUUUGCAGAGCGUGUGGCAGAAGUGAAACCCAAAGUGGAAGCAAUUCGUUCAGGCUCAGAGGAAGUGUUCAGGAGCAAAGCCCUCAAGCAGCUCCUAGAGGUGGUUUUGGCUUUUGGAAAUUACAUGAAUAAAGGACAGAGAGGCAAUGCCUAUGGAUUCAAGAUCUCCAGCUUAAACAAGAUUGCUGACACAAAAUCCAGUAUUGACAAGAACAUUACCCUUUUGCACUAUCUAAUAACUAUUGUGGAAAACAAAUACCCAAAGGUUCUCAAUCUAAAUGAGGAAUUGCGGGAUAUCCCUCAAGCAGCAAAAGUAAACAUGACUGAGCUGGACAAAGAAAUAAGUACCUUGAGAAGCGGUCUGAAAGCAGUAGAGACGGAGCUGGAGUAUCAGAAGUCUCAGCCCCCACAACCUGGAGAUAAAUUUGUGUCUGUUGUCAGCCAGUUCAUCACUGUGGCUAGCUUCAGUUUCUCAGAUGUUGAAGACCUUCUAGCAGAAGCCAAGGACCUGUUCACUAAAGCAGUGAAGCACUUUGGGGAAGAAGCUGGCAAAAUACAGCCAGAUGAGUUCUUUGGGAUUUUUGAUCAGUUUCUUCAAGCUGUGUCAGAAGCCAAACAGGAGAAUGAAAACAUGAGGAGGAAGAAGGAGGAGGAAGAGCGGCGAGCUCGUGUGGAGGCUCAGCUCAAAGAGCAACGGGAAAGGGAGCGUAAACUGAGAAAAGCGAAGGAGAACAGCGAAGAGAGCGGAGAGUUCGAUGACCUGGUGUCAGCUCUACGCUCAGGAGAAGUAUUUGACAAAGACCUUUCUAAACUGAAACGGAACCGCAAACGCAUUUCCAACCAGGUGACAGACAGCAGCAGAGAGCGACCAAUCACAAAACUUAAUUUUUAAUUUUUCUUGCAUCCUUUUCUAGAAAGCUCAGUAGCAGCCCUUUGAAGUGACUAGAGCUCUUCAUUACACUGCCUUGCAAUCCAAACAAUGGCAACCUCUUCCCUCAUCUGUGAGUGAAGGUGUGAAUGUGUGUGUAUGUAAAUGUAUGUGUAUAUAUAUAUGUGAAAAAUGUAUAUAGAUGUCUGAGUGUGGUUUGGAGACCCAUGUGUAUGGUUAAAAGUUUUAUGUUUAUAUGUGUGCUCAGAAGCUCUUCAUGUAUGCGUUCGUAUUGAGUGGGGCUCAUUUUCUUUCCCUGAAUACCAUGAUUGUUCAGAAGCACAAUACUCUCUCCUGAAAGAGAUGACAGACAUUCCCUAGCACAAAAAAGGAAAAAUAAUAAAUAAAUAAAUAAAUUAAAUAAAUAAGUAAAUAAAUAAAUAAAGGAGGAGGAGGAGAUGAAAACAAGAAGGAAAAAAUGGCUUGUCUUCUGAAAUAUCUUAUGGUUUUCAAACUUGGUAACAUUUGAAGCUGUUUUCACUGGUAGAAAUGGAGUUGGAAGAAUACAGAUUUAAGAUGGCUUUUCGGUGGUGGACGGAGUGAGCUGUUGCCCACAUCAGUGAUUAACAUGAAAGAGCCACUUAGAGCUCCUGACUCUGGUGUGGGGUGCCGUCUACAAAUUGAGAACAUCUUGCACACAUUCGUAUCAUGUAGAGUAUCAAUCAGAAUUCUGUUAUAUAUUUAAGGCGCGAACAUCUGCCCCUCCCCCCAGUUUCAUCAAGUUUUCUGCCAAGUGCUCUUGAUGAUUUCUUUAACUUGUUUUCAAAAAAAAAACACAAUCUUAGGUGGCACCCAUACCCUUGUUAAAGGAAAGGAUUUCCAGGUCCUAUUUGUUGUUCUAAUAAUAUUGAUAUCUAAACCUGAAAAAUAAAAUUUCCCUGCCCAAGACUUAAUGGAAGAAUUGAUUCCUUGAAGGGAUAAAGAUUAUUUUUAAUGGGGCACUUUUUUUUUUUUUUUGGUGUUUUCUAUUUUCUGUUUUGUAGGCCAAGCUGCAUGUUCUGUAAAUAAAGUUCUGGAAUAAAGGACACUCACAGUAUCACAGUAUACACAAAAUGUCAACAGCAUCCACAGAGAUGUCCAGAUCUAUUUAUCUCAAAGAAUAUUUGAAAUGGUUGCUGUUAUUUGUUGUCAUUUUAAAUUGUAUGUCAAUAAAGCUACCUGUAAAAUUUCAGUCCAAAAAAUAAAGCUCUCAGGGAGAAAUGAAUGAAAACAACAAGCAUUAAAAAAUAAAAUAUAGAUGCUUACCAUUAGCCUACCAACUCUUAAUAUCCUUAAAUUAUAUGAUAUAUAAAGAGGACUGUUACUUUUGUUUCCUUUGCUUUAUUUAUUUGUAGUAGGAUGGGGGGAGGAGACUAGACUUUUUUCUUUCCAUCUAGCCUGUUGUGGUUUGGUUUCCUGUGGAGAGAGUAGUUUUUCUUAUUGCACUAGAACAUUAUUUACUCACCAAAUUGAGUUUUCUGUCAGCUAGCAAAUAUUUAUUAAGCACUUACUAUGUACCAGGCAUAGUAGAGCUGUAGUGGUAAGCAAGACAGAGUCCCUGUCCCCCAAGGAGCUUACAUUCUGAUGGGGGUCUUCAGGGAUGAUAGAAUACCAAUGUGCACACUAUACAGGAAUCAUACUAUUUAAAAAAUAAUUUGUAUAAACUAUAAUGCUUAGUGCAGAUGGCAAGGUAUCUGUGCUGUAUGAAAGCUGUGAAAUAGUGCUCUAAGAAUUGUCAAGAGCUGUGUUUUUUACAUUUUUUUUCACUGCAAACUUAGCGACUUUCUAGCCAUUAUAUGGAAGUAAAUGACUCUUGCAAAUAAAGCACUCAUAAAUUCAAAGCAGAGGUGAAACUCACCCAGCCCCUAGUUAACCAUGGUCUGCACACACCAUGUCCACACUGCCCAUGGAGACUUGGCUCAAGGGAGCUUGGAGAAGAGGAGGAGUGGGAUAGAAUGAAGGUUUUCUCUGUUCCUGAACUAAAGUGCCUCUAUGUAUAUUCUUUUCUAUUUAUAGCAGGAAAAAUUUGGUCCAGCUCAACUUUGGAACUGUAUUUUGAAAAUGGCUUUGUCUUACAGUUUAAGGAGUAGACAAGUGGAAAGAGUCACAAAAAAAAAAAAAAAAAAAAAAAGCGAGUUUGUGUAGCAUGUCCCUCUUGCCCUUUUUUUAAUCCUUGUCGUUUUGAUAUGGCCAUCCUGGUAGGCCUCCUUUGCCAUGUCUGGUUUUGGUUUACUUCCCUAAAAACUGUGUGCAGGUAAUUCCAUGUGCCAUUGUUGAAACAAAAAACUACUUUUUAGACUGGUGCUGGUGUAAGUAGCCACUUUUCUCUCUUGGGUGUGUAUUUUAAAGAUUUUUUUUAUUAAUGCCAAAAAGAUGAAGCAUUAUAAUUUGUAAACUUAAUUAAAUGUCAUAUCUUACUAGCUUAGUAGUUGGAACCACUUAGUCUUUAAGUGCAAGACUGUUGUUAUAGUACCAAGGAAAAAAAUGUUGUGUGUGUUAUGAGACUGUACAUUUUUUAAAAAAUAGCAAUAUGCAAUAAAGAUGACUUCAUUGGGUGUACAUAUAUGCUUUCUAUGGAUUAUUAAAAUAGUAUCAUUAAA